AUGUCGUUUACUAGAUUUGUGAUUCAUCAUCUUUCUCUUGGUUGCUGCAAGUAGUGACCACGAAGCCGGAAAGACGAAAACCCCUAGAAAGAGCUAGGGUUUGUUACUUGGGAUCAUCCACGAAGAUGCAACUAACUCUCGAAUUCGGGGGUGGUUUAGAGCUGCUCUGUGAUUCUGAAAAGAUCCAUAAAGUAAACGUCGAUUUACCCAAUGGAGUAGAAGAGUUAACAAUGAAGGAUUUGCUUUCGUGGGUUCGCACAAAUGUGAUCAAAGAGAGGCCUGAGAUGUUCAUCAAGGGAGAUACUGUGAGACCUGGUGUUCUUGUGCUAGUGAAUGACUGUGACUGGGAGCUUAGCGGUCAGCUUGAGACCACUAUCGAAGACAAAGAUGUUAUCGUUUUCAUCUCGACCUUGCACGGUGGAUAAAAGAACAUGUAGCUGAGGAGUAAGGAGUUCAUCAUCGAACCUUUUCAAACUAUCUAUGUUCUUCACUUCUGUUAUGUAAUCUCAGCAACCGCAGACAGAACCUAAUGUGUUUGUUUUACUUGAAGACUGGUCGUAGACUUGUCUUACUAAUAAUAAUAAUACAUACAUUGAAGACUGAUUGUAGA